AGAUCUAACAUCUACUGGUUCUGGUUCUAUGUGCCUCCUCCCACUGCAUCCUGUGAAGUCCUGAAAUCCUCCCUGUAGACACAAGAGAGGCAGAAACUGGAUCAGAACCUCUUUCCCAGAGUAAAACGGCUCGGCUGAACCGAGAGGAGACCCGUUUCAAAGGCACCGCUCCAUAAAGGUCAAACGAUGACGUCCAGCCUCCUCCUCUGGGGAGGAGCUGUGGUGUUGUGCUCCGUAGCUUCACCCAUCUUAUCUUUCUCUCACGGAGCAAGCCGCACUUCCUGCCAGGAGAUGAUUCCUGGACACAUCCGCGCUCAUCUCCUGGACCCAAGGCACAGCGUUGUCACCAUAGAAACCGCCGCCUCCUCAUACCUGCCCGGGCAAUUAAUAACAGUCACUGUACGAAGCUCCAGAGACUUCAUGGGUUUUCUGCUCCAGGCCCGCAGCGUUGGUGGUGAAAGAAAUGGAUUCGAACAAGGUCUUGGAGUCAGGACGGAGAGACUCGGUCCCCUUCUCGUUGGUGGCUCCUGGAUUCGAACUCCGCCAGGUACCCACACUUUACGAUGCCUCUUUGAGGGUGACACGGUCACGCACUCCGACAAACAGCUGAAGAGAAACCUCUCGUUUGUGUGGAGAGCUCCUGACAUGCCCAAGGGAGACAUACGGUUCCACAUCACUGUGGUACAAUCCUACUUCAUAUACUGGACCGGUAUUGAGUCUAGAGUGGUGCGUGAUCGGAGUCCCAGUGCUUGGAGAGGCAGUAGGACCAAAAUGGUGGAUGGAGCAAGCCCAGUUUUUGCUGUUCAGAAGACCACUACUGCCCAGACAGAACCAAAGAAACAAACCGUCAGAGGAGCGACUCUUGCUUCGGACUCUACUUCGGACAUCAAAAGUGUAACUGAGAUUCUAAAGUUUCUCAAAACGCAAACCAUUGAUGAUCAUAAAACCUUAGAAACAAACAGCUCUUUGACUUGGACAGAUCAUACAGUGACUGUAAAGAAAACUUUGACUUCAGGAUCUCUUCCAAGCAACACCCAUGCAACUCCUGGAGUCUUUGCAGGUGUGUCCAGUGAGAUAACAACUACGCCUUUUUCUUUUACCACAAGGGACUUUCCCUUAAGAUUGUCCUUACCUGACACUAGAUACAUGGUUAAUACAAAUUUUCCAUUGGCCACAUUUGUCCCGUCAAACCCUCUUGACCCUUUAUCCCCAGAAAAGGGCUUAUUGACAAAAAACAAAGAUCCCCGAAUUAUAUCACAGGAGCGAAAACUGAACAACAACCCUGGAAGAAAAGGUUACAUGACACUGACUCUAAAAACAACCCAAGGUCCACCUAUGAAAACCUUUUACAGCCCACAUACCCCAUCCGCAUACCCCAAUUCGAAAGACCCGAGCAACGAACAACCAAAACAAUUUGAGACCUCAAUUAGCUCAGAAAGACUUGGGGACAAUAUCCAGACUAAGUCUGAAAUGAGCAUAAUCAAGACAGAAGUAACUUCGUCCUACCAAGCGUCAUCAUACAAGUCUUCUCGGUUUCGAAUGCCUGCAUUUAAAGCAGAUCUUAAGUCUCAAACCUCUAUAGGACCCAGAAGUACUUCAAAACAAACCAGUUCACCUCCAACAACCAUGCCUAACAUUCUUCCUCAAGCCCUGUCUGUAAUGAAGCCAACUCAAGCUCAACCUUUACCUCUUCAAAUAGAAAAAAUCCAAUCAGACAUGUCAACAGAGACUUUCAGACCCUCUUCCCAAACAGGACGGGUUUUCUCUCAGUCCUUUGUAACUCCUCAACAAGUCACAGUCUCCACGGGAGUAAAAGAUCCUAAGUCUCAAAAACAUACCAACACGAUAACCCUGCCAUUUGUUCCCUCAAACACUUCCUCCUCCUCUGAUUCCUUAAACAUUUCUUUUGUUAUUCACCUCAGUGACAACUUCACUGUACACCAAUCUGGAGGGUCAGUCUCGGUUUCUAAAAACCCAUCAGUCAGAUCAACAUCUUCCAUUCAUUCCCCUUCUCCCCCCUCUGAAGACAAACCUAAAACAACCGCAGCUCAUCCUGUACUCCCUUCACCUUACCCCAUCUCCAUGCCUCCUCAUUUAACCUUUACCCAACAACGCCAAACAGCUCCGCCGACCAUCCCCACCUCUUCCACCAUUUCUUCCGUCAAUGCCUCCAACCAUCCAUCAACGUCUACCUUGACUGCUUUACUCUCUCCCCUGUAUAGCACAAGUUCUACGUUUUCUUCAGCUUCCACCGGGCCCCCAGCUUUCUCAUCCUUCUCUUCAAAUUCAUUGUUUUACCAUUCAGCUCCUACUUUAACUCCUCCCUCCUUCUCAGCUACCUUGCCUUCAACAGCGAGUUCAACAUCUUUCAUGUCGCCCAACACCUCCCCUUACCCAGAGCCAACCUCAGCCCCCUAUCAUUUUAUAAACACUCCUUUACCAUCAUCUGUGCCUCACAAAGUCACUGUAGGUGAGAAGCUGAUAACCCAGACUGACUCUAUCAUCUCUGACACUAAGACACACUUCACCUCACCUGCGCACAGAAAGGUUGUCCAUCCAAACCCCAAACCUUAUCCCAACCUCAGACCAAAUAGUGGCCAAGAGAUCCAGCCGAACAUUCACAACACUGAUACCAAACCAAAGCGUCCCUCAGAAACUCCGGAGAACGAAGGGAAGUACCCAGACAUCGUCCCCAGACACAGGGCCUGGGAGCUGGGCAUGCUGUUGGCUUGCUCGGCUGGUUUGGGCAUGGCGCUGGUGGUCGGGGUGAGGUACGUCUACCGGCAGGCCUGCGGGAGGCGGACAGAGGUGACGCUGAAAGAUCGGGAGCGAGAGUACGGGAGAGGGGAACAGGGUCUGAUUCAGCUACAGGAAUGUGGGGAUUUGGUCAGAGUUAGAAAACUUAGGGAGAACAGUUUUGUGCUUCUGGCAGAGUACGAUAUACUGCCAUCGGCUACAAACUGAAACAUGGGCUCCCUAAGAUAGACGGAUAUAAAUACCUCUAAAGACAAACACAGCUUUGAACAUAGCAAAGAUUAUUGCAUAGGAAACAUUAGGCUCGUAUGUAAAUUUCUUGCCCACUUCCAAAGCUUUCUGGAGCAGAUAAGAGGGAAUUUUAUUAUAAGUCAAAGGAACUGGAUAUUAUCACCUAUUUUCUAAACCUGCUUUACGUCAAUGAAUAAACCUCCACGUUUGUUUUAAGGAUUUUUCCAUAGAUCAUAAUUAGAGUGCGCUUAUGUUUCUUUUGACAGGCUAACAUAGAUGCUAAGUAGGCGUUUUUGUUAUUUCCUGACUGUAAAUAUUUGUAAGAGCAUGUCAAUAAUAAAUAUGCUACAACAUA